UGUGUGUCUCGAUUCCAAGACUGAGGCAUGACUUAGACUGUCUUCCCCACUCCCUGCGAUGAGAUGGGCUUUUCCCUUCCCGUUUGCGCCCACCCACCCUUCCUUCCUUCCCCACCUUGCGCCAUUUCUGCCUCCCACCGCCCCUGGCUGACACACCAAGACGGCUGGCUGCCUUCGGAGAUCUCCUUUCCGCCCCCGAACGGCUUCGUGGUCCGAGGAAGGGUCGGAAAGCCACCCCCUCCCCCCUCAUCCACCGAGAAGAGACCCGGGCGCUUUGAACGCCUUGUUUUGGGGAGGUGGGAAGCCGCGUCUCUGAACUCCGGUCACGUUUGAUGGAGCCCGAAGCAUGCGCACAUUGCAGAAGCCGAGCACGGAGCUGUCCAAGUGCUGAAAUCGAGAGUCCGUGUGUAAGAAGGAUCCUGGGCUUUCCCCCCUCCCUCUCAUUCCAGCACAAGAAGAGUCCCUCUCCCCACCUUCCCUUUCCCAAGCUCAGCACCAAUCAUACUCUUUCGAUAUUUAUAAGUUGGUGAUAAGGAAUAGAGAGAGGGUCGAAGGCAGGCAGUCUCUUCCCUCCAACCCUCGUGCGUAUUUUUAAGGACGUUUGGCACCCAUUCCGGGAAAAAAAACACCCCACAACCAGCUCCUGAAGACAAGACAGAGCAACGUGGCAGCAUUAUCCUCCCCCUCUUUUUUUGAGUGUGUGUGUGUGCAUGAUGUUAAGGUAGAAAAGGAUUGAGGAAGGGGGGAUUCUGGGGGGAGGGAAGGAGGGAGAGAUCCUCCAGUCUUCGGCUAGAGAGAGUGGCCAAUUCCAGAUGCUUGGUACCUUUUGCUGCUUGGGAUGAGCCGGGGUUUCGCCUAACCAUGAUUCCAAGGACUGGUACUUUUGAUUUCCUGCCAUCUCCACGACAUGCCAAGGAAGGUCUUCUUUUCCUGAUUCUAAAGGAUUUCAAAUUACUGCUGGAUUUGGGGAUUUAGGCAAGGCGCCCUACUUUUGGACCACCCUGCCACCCUUUCUGAUUGCCGCUGGAAUCGUUUCUGGGAGAUUUUUUUUCCACCUCCCAGGCAGAAAACAGGAGGAAUGAACCGACAGCUAGUGAACAUUUUGACUGCCUUAUUUGCCUUUUUCUUAGAAACACACCACUUCAGGAUGACUUUCUGUAAAGAACAUGAUUCCAGAUCUGGAAAAUCUCCUGCACAGACAUUGUCUCCUUCAGAUUUUUUGGACAAGCUGAUGGGGAGAACGUCAGGUUAUGAUGCAAGAAUAAGGCCUAAUUUUAAAGGUCCUCCAGUAAACGUUACUUGCAAUAUUUUUAUCAACAGUUUUGGAUCUGUCACAGAAACCACAAUGGACUACAGAGUGAAUAUUUUUUUGAGACAGCAAUGGAACGACUCCCGUCUUGCCUACAGUGAGUAUCCUGAUGACUCCUUGGAUUUGGAUCCUUCCAUGUUGGACUCUAUUUGGAAACCUGAUCUAUUCUUCGCCAAUGAAAAGGGUGCAAACUUCCAUGAUGUAACCACAGACAACAAACUUCUGAGGAUCUCCAAAAAUGGGAAAGUGUUGUAUAGCAUCAGGCUAACAUUAACCUUAUCCUGUCCCAUGGAUCUGAAGAAUUUCCCCAUGGAUGUACAAACAUGUACAAUGCAACUAGAAAGCUUUGGCUACACAAUGAAUGACCUGAUAUUUGAGUGGAUGAGUGACGCUCCCGUCCAAGUAGCGGAAGGCUUGACUCUACCACAGUUUAUUUUGAAAGAAGAGAAGGAACUUGGCUAUUGCACAAAACACUACAAUACUGGAAAAUUUACAUGCAUUGAAGUAAAGUUUCAUUUGGAGCGUCAGAUGGGAUAUUAUUUAAUCCAGAUGUACAUUCCUAGCCUGCUGAUCGUCAUUUUGUCCUGGGUUUCUUUCUGGAUCAACAUGGAUGCUGCUCCAGCCAGAGUUGCCUUGGGCAUCACUACAGUCUUGACAAUGACCACUCAGAGUUCAGGCUCCAGAGCUUCUCUUCCAAAAGUCUCUUAUGUCAAAGCGAUUGACAUCUGGAUGGCUGUUUGUCUUCUUUUUGUUUUCGCGGCAUUACUUGAAUAUGCAGCAGUGAAUUUUGUGUCAAGGCAACACAAGGAAUUUCUGAGACUCCGGAGAAGGCAGAGAAGACAAAACAAGGCACGGGCUGUGACUGUUGGGAAUGAAAGCGUCGAAUCGGUACGGCGCGCAAAUGGCUUACGGAUAAAAGAGGCAUCACCAUACGGGCCAGUGAAUCAGAUCUGCAAUCAGAGGGAGGAAGGUGGUGCUCGUGACAGCCGGUUUAAUUUUGGUGGCUACGGGAUGGGCCACUGUCUACAGGUGAAAGAUGGUGCUGCAGUCAAAGCCACUCCUCCCAACCCUCCGCCUCCACCCCUACCAAAGGAUUCAGAAUCUAUCAAAAAGAAGUUUGUUGACCGUGCCAAAAGGAUUGAUACAAUAUCCCGAGCUGCAUUUCCGCUUGCCUUUCUCAUCUUCAAUAUAUUUUACUGGAUUACAUACAAAAUUAUACGCCAUGAGGACAUUCACAAAAAGUAAACAGUGCUUUGUGAGCUGGGACCCUUCUAGCCAAAGUGACUCACUUGUAAAUAGAGAGUGAAAUGUCAUUUUUUUCCCUGUCAUUGAGACAGAGGCUUUGUUGUCUUGUAAUUCUAAAGAGGCCAGGGGUGGGGCUGAAGAAAAGAAAAAGACAAGUUUUGGUAACAGAUGCACACAACAACAUGCUGUUGGAUCACAAAAUGAGGUUGUUCUUACCUACUUAUGGCAUGGUUCUUCCAGACUCUUGACAAGAUAAAAGAAAGCUAAAUGGGGCCAAUUUUUUUCUUCCCAAAAAUCCAUGUUUCUUUCCCCCUAAGAUUUAUUUAAAAAAACACUUAGCAUAUACUAUGGGGACUCUCUGCAAUGGCCACACUGCUAUGGAUUUUAAGAGGACCAAACUUUUUUUCAGGGUAAUGUUGCCUUUCUGUGUGAAACAAGCCUACUAAACUACAUUCCUUUAAUGACUGUAGUUAGUGGCUUACCCAGAAGUCCCUUUGUGGAUUGUAAAUUAUUUCUACUAACAGGGGGUGGGGAAAGAUUUAUACUUUAAUAUCCUUGUUGGUGUGCAUUUUAAUAUACUUGCUUUCUUAGAACUGUAACUAUCGAGUCCAACUUGUGUAGAGUGUGGUUGAUUUCAUUGCUUCCACUUGUAAAAACAACAGCUUGUUUUUAAUCUUGGUUCUAAGUAACGAUGGCCAGAUGCCUAAGAGAACAGAAUAGCUGUUAUUUGCAGAGCUGUACAGAAAAUGGAUUUUCUGUUGCAAACUCUCUUUUUACAUUUGCUUUGAAUGCGAUUUUCCUGCUUCUUGGCAGGGAGUUGGACUGGAGUCUCUUCGAACUCUAGGAUUCUAUGACUCUACACAAUGCAGAGCCAGUCCAAGGCAUUUUGACAUCUGAGGUGAACAAAACAAUGGCCAGAGCUUGGACAAAUUUCUCUUUCCCCCUCUCUCCCUCCCUCCCUUCCUUCUGACCUACAGUUCUUUGAAUAUUUAGUCACCUUGUGCAAAAAAGGAAUUUGUCCAUGUUUUAAAGUUGUCACCUCCCCACAGGGGUGGUUGCUGAUUUUCUCUUCAACAUCAAUAACGAGACAAAGGCAUCAAUUGUGUCUGAAAAUAAUUAAUUAACUUAAGGGUGUUGGGCAUAGUAGUUCAUAUUCAAUGCUUUGCUCCCACCUCUCAGCAUCUCCCACCUAAGGCAUUGGUGUUCCAGAAUGGUGGAGCCAGCUGCGAUUAAACAAGCCAACCUUUUUUCUUUUUCUUUUUUGCAUCUGGCCAGUCUAGUUCUAAGAGAGUGCACUUAAUUUCAUUUAUGCCUGGUUAUUUUUUUUUCUUCCAAUUAACUACAUGCAACAUAUGGUGCCAAACUGUAAUUUACCUAUUGUAUUACCCUGUAAUGCACUAUUGAUUAAGAAUUUGUCUCCUGGCAUAGCUCAGUUUAACAUUGACUUUCCAUACUGCUCUCAUUGUAGCUGCGAGUUAAUAGCUCUGUAGGUAAAUAUGACACAUUUACAGACCUCUAAUUUAUAUCUUUAUUAUAAAAAACAAAAACAAAAAGUGGCUAUCAUUUUAAAUGUCCUUGACUAACUGACAAGUUUUAAAAGUGUACUGUGAUUUUCAUAACCUGUUAACCUUUUGGUGCCAGAGCUAUGUGGUCCAACCCCUUGGUAUGUGUUUUAAAGUAGAAAUAAAAAGAAUUAAAACCCAACCAAAAUUUUGAGCUAUUUUUGCUUCCAAAGUGGGUGAGGCCAAAAUCUGUAAUAUUGAAAAUAAAAAAGAAUUGUGAUUUUAACCUUAUUGUAAAAUGUUUUAUUACCCAAAAAAGGUAAUUCAAUAAAGCUACGUGUCUAAUUUA